CACCACCACAUCGUAGUCGCCCUCAUCAUGGCGGCAGAGAUCCUCACAAAGGCACUGCCAAACAUCGAUCCACCUAUCCUAUCCUAUCUCUCCGACUAUAUCGACGACCCUACUGCCCACCUCGAGAGCAAUCAAGUCAUCCUCGACACCGUCUCUUCGCUUCUCACCUCCUUCCUGCGCGCCUCGUAUGAUACGCCCGAUGAGGCACAGGCAAAGGUAGACGAAAUCUCCCGCGAGCUAGAGAAGCUGCUACCGGAAGAUGCUGGCAAUGCAGAUGGUGGCGACUUUGCCGCAGACGGACCAAUGCGCCUCGAGAAUGUCAUCGAGAUGAGAAAGAUUGGCGCACUCAACACGCGAGGUCACAAUGUCCUCACUGGUGGCAACAUCGACGUCGCAACGGGGUCAGUAGCAAGGGCUACGACCAUCGAUGUCAAGAAACUAGAGAAGCAGGAGGCAAAGACGAGGGCAAAGCUGCAGAAGAGGGCACAGAGGGACCUCUACGAGUCGUCGGCACUCGUCGACCAGGUAAAGAGGCAAAAGGAGUUGGACAACUACGAAGAGAUGUUCACGUCAGUCAACACCCUCGAGACUGUCGGGUCAAAGGGCAAGAACAAAGACAUUAAUCUGCCUGGAAUCGAUCUCAACUUCGGCUCGCAUCGCAUUCUCACCAACGCCACCCUUACACUCGCCGCCGGACGUCGCUACGGUCUCAUCGGUAGAAACGGUGUGGGCAAGUCGACGCUUCUCAAGCACCUGGCGCUGCGAGAUAUCCCCGUCCCCAAGCACAUCUCGAUGCUCUACGUCGAGCAGGAGAUGGUGGGAGACGAUACGCCUGCUCUACACGCCGUCCUCAAGGCCGACGUCUGGCGAGAGCGCCUGAUGCGAGAGGAGGAGGAGCUCAACACAAAGCUCGAAGGCGUCGAAAAGAAGCUCGCAGAGGCCACCUCGGCGACACAGACUGCCGAGGGGGGCCAGACUUCAGAGCUGUCAAAGGGAUCCGUCGGCGACAUCCAUACUCGUCAACUCGAGAUUCAAAAGGAUGAGCUGGGAGCUCGAUUGAUGGAGAUUCAAUCUAAGCUCGUCGAGAUGGAGGCCGACACGGGUCCCUCGCGUGCAGCAUCUCUCCUCGAUGGUCUGGGUUUCCCUUCGGAGGACCAGAUGAGGCCUACGGGAUCCUUCUCUGGUGGUUGGAGAAUGAGAUUGGCACUUGCGCGUGCCCUCUUCUGCAAGCCUGACCUCUUGCUCCUCGAUGAGCCGUCGAACAACUUGGACCUCAAUGCCAUUGCCUGGCUCGAAGAUUACCUCGUCACGCAGUGGACUGGUACGCUUUUGGUCGUCAGUCACGACCGACAGCUCCUCAACGAGAUUGCCACCGACAUCAUUCAUCAACACUCCGAGCGCCUUGACUACUACAAGGGCAACUUUGCUCAAUUCUACGAGACUCGCCUCGAGCGUCGCAAGAACCAGCAGCGAGAGUACGAAGCCUACGUCAUGAAGCGCGACCAUCUCCAAGCCUUCAUCGACAGAUGGCGCGUCAAUGCCAACCGCGCCGCUCAGGCACAGUCGAAGAUCAAGGAGCUUGAGCGUCUUCAAGUCGUCGAGCCGCCGGAGAAGGAAGAUCAAGUGACCUUCAAGCUGCCCGAGGUGGAGCGCCUCAAUCCUCCUUUGCUGCUCCUCGACGGCGUCGACUUUGGCUACACGCCUGAGAAGAUCUUGCUUCGCGAUGUCAACAUCGGUGUCACGAUGGACUCGCGUAUCGCAGUGGUGGGCCCGAACGGUGCAGGCAAAUCGACGAUGUUGAAGCUCCUCUUUGGCGACCUCAAACCCCUCAAGGGCGACCAGAAGCGCAACGGCAAGCUUCGCAUCGGCUACUUCACGCAGCACUCGAUGGACAUGCUCGACCUCAAUGCGUCGUCCGUCGGCUUCCUCGCCGCCAAGUAUCCAGGCAAGCAGGAGCAGGAAUAUCGCUCAUUCCUCGGCGCCUUUGGUAUCACGGGUACCACGGGUCUGCAGAAGAUCGCCACGCUCUCCGGAGGUCAAAAGUGCAGGCUGGCCUUGGCGAUGCUAUCUCUCGCUCGUCCUCACGUUCUUCUCCUCGACGAGCCGACCAACCAUUUGGACGUAGAGGGUCUAGAUGCGCUCGCCAACGCCAUCUCAACGUGGUCGGGCGGAGUUAUCAGUAUUAGUCACGACGCGCAUUUUGUCAACAAGGUCGCGUCCGAGCUGUGGGUAGUCGCGGAUUCUAGAGUGGAAAAGUUCCAUGGGAACGUGGCGUCGUACAAGGCGAUCAUCAAGGGCAUGUCAAAGCAAAUGAGGCCAUAGAGGCCGCGGCGGUCGAAUGUCAUGAGAAUGCCUUCGUGCGUGAUCAACUCUGACGCGAUCGUGAGCUUGCUUUGUCCUUCUGCGCCACUUGUCUGCGCCACUUGUAAUAGUACAUCUGUGUUCCCCCUCACCGAGUGGCUGCGCGCCCAUUGCUGUUGGUGCCACGAGCGUCAUCGUCAUCAUCCGACCAAUCCCAUCGCUCCAGCUCCUCGUUGCGAGCCGCUGAUUUGCGGGUCUGCGGCGAGUGGUCGCCUCUAUGCAUAUCAUCGUGGCCGCUGACGAGUCCUUCUUCCUCUUCCUCCUCGUCAAUGAAAGAGUCCAGGACCUUCUUGGUCUCAUGGUA